AUGGAAGCAAUAUUUACACACGUAAACUGGAUUAUUAAUUCUAUUAGUAAAAAUGAAUACAACUUUUUAAAACAAUGUAAAAAGUAUUUCGACUAUCAACCACCAACUGAAAUAGUAUUGAACACAACUGAGGAACGUGCUUAUUAUAUUCCAUUGAAACAGAGCCUGUCGUCUAUGCUUCAAAAUGGUCAAUUAAUGCGGGCGAUAAUUGAUAAUAUUAAUUCUUUAUCAACUCGUGCAGCUAAAGACAACGAUCUAAUAUUAUCCAAUCGACAAAGUCGUUCAGUUAAAUCAAAUCUUUCUCGCCAAACAAAUUCUAAUUCUUUAUUAUUGAAAUUAUAUACAGAUGGUAUUGGUAUUACUAAUCCAAUAGGUGCUAAGAAAGAUUCACACAAGUUUACUUGUUUUUAUUAUUUGUUAGAUGAUUUACCGGAUAUCGUUCGAUCACAAGUUAAUUCAAUAGGUCAAAUUAUUCAAAGUGUUAAAAAUGAAAGUUGGUUUAAAGAUCUUAUUGGCUUUCAUGCUACCGAAUCACUUCCACCAGACCUAAUGCAUGAUAUCGCUGAAGAAAUUGAACAGCGCACAUCAUGUUUCAUCUAUGGAUUCUAUGAUUCAUCAAAUAAAUCACCACCUGUAAAAAAGCAACAAAUAACUCAUUCAAAUAUAGCUGGCUCUGCUAGUCAAAAAUUAUGUCUUUUUCGUUUAUUUCCUAUUGUCUUUCACGAUAUUAUUGAUGAUCUUACUCUACUUCCACUAUACACCAUUUUACGUGAAAUUAUAAGCUACAUAUAUGCCAAUCCACUUAGAAAAUCAUGGUUAUCGUACUUAGAUGGUUUAUGUAAACAAUUUCAUUCUCUCAUGAUCGAACAUUUACCUGAUCAUGUAACACCAAAAGUACAUUUCUUAAUUGAAUAUCCUCGUUCAAUUGAAACGCAUGGACUGCCUAUAUUGAACUCCUGUAUACGGUUCGAAGCUAAACAUUUAUAUUUCAAGCAAAUUGCUAUUCGCACAUUUAAUUUUAAAAAU